CGACGCCAGUGAUAGUACAGCAUAAACUGAGAUCAGCUGCCAUUUAUCCCGCCACACACAUAACCAACACGACAGGCCAGUCACUGCAGUCAACAUCGGACAAGCCACUUGACGAUUUGUUUGUUUACACAUUCAGUUUCGAUACGGUCUAGCUACCUACCACUAUUUGCUACAAUCGAUUCGUGCUUUUUACAGGACUAGAUAUCACACAAUUUGGUGUGAUCUGUGGCCUCUGGAUACGAAGUAUGACGGGCCAUUUGCGAGGUCCAGGGUGACGAUGGGUAGAACUUCACUGUCCAGAAUGAGAAAGAAAUUCAUGAGACUGCACCCGGUAUGGCGCAUCUAUUGCAUGGUGCUCAUAAUACUUAUCCUGUACAACGAGGUGUUCAUUUACAUUCUUCAAAAGUUCAAGUGGUCGAAUAUUUACUGUAAGAGAGAAAACUGCCUGCGAAUAUUGCUGGUUGGGGAUCCGCAGAUUCUGGGCAAAUCCUUUGACACUCAUUUCUAUGCCGGAAUCGCAAAUUACGAUUCGGAUCGGUACCUGGCGUGGUACUAUGAGAAAGCCAUCGAACACGUGAGACCGGACGUCAUUUGUUUUCUCGGAGAUCUGAUGGACGAGGGUACCACCUCCAAUGAGGCGUACUUCAAAGAGUAUUACGAGCGCUUCGGAGCGAUCUUUCCUACACAUCCCACUGCUAAGACCAUUUACGUACCGGGCGAUAACGAUAUCGGUGGCGAAGCGGGUGAGGAAGUGAAACCUUCGAUAGUGCGACGAUUUCGGCAGUAUUUUAGCGAAAAGCCGGCAUGGAUUAUCAACGAGAAUGUUACCAUCUACAACGUGAACAGAAUUACCCACGAGAUGCCAAUGAACGAUCCUCGACUUUCGGCGAACGGCGAUGGGGCGGACGUGUCCGACCAGUAUAUCAGGAUAUUUCUAAGCCACAUGCCAUUUCUGAGUACACCAGGCUCAUUUACUUAUGAUGCAAUAGGAAGACUUAAACCAAACGUAAUAUUUUCCGGCCACCUGCACUCCUCCCGUGUUGUCCGAAUACACCGCAAUCAUCUUCAGUCCGCUUCGUACAUGCCACUGAGUGGCGAUAAAAAGACAGCCUACAAGGUGCAUAGUUUCGAUCUACGCUACCACCGGGACACACAGGAACUGCUCGAGAUUGUGAUACCGACCAGCUCCUAUCGGAUGGGGGUACCGGACAUCGGUUACGGUUUCGCUGUCAUAGAUGACACCACACUACGCUACACGGUUCUCUGGACCACUAAUCGCUUUCAUCAACUGAUCUCCUACUUGGUCGUCAUUUCUGUGCCACUUCUGUUUCUUUCAUUGACAGUGUUGGCCAAAGUUCUUCGGACGAUUUGCGUUUGUCGAAGGGAACGGUCAAAGCUUCCCAUCUAGAAUUGGGCUGUUGUUUUGCAGCGUUAAUAUCAGUAGUGUUGUUUCUAUACAGGUUUAAGUUAAAGUUAACAUCAUUUUGAUGUUCUUUAAAAACUUUUUUUGGGCAAUAAAUCUUUUCUGAAAAGUUA